AUGGCUGACUUGCUGCUUCUCCCUGUGGUGACCAGGGUGACCGGCAAGGCCACCGACGAGCUCGUUCAGAGCAUCACCCGCAUGUGGGGCAUCGACACCGACCGUGGCAAGCUGGAGCGGUUGCUGCUGGCGGUUCAGUGCAUGCUGCCUGACGCCGAGGUGAAGGGCGAGACCAGCCCCGUUGUCAGGAGGUGGAUGAAGGAACUUAAGGGCAUCGCCUAUCAGGCAGAAGACGUCCUUGACGACUUACAAUAUGAGGCUCUGCGCCGUGAGGCCAAUGAGGGUGAGCCCAUGGCACGCAAGGUAUCAAGUUACUUGACCCUUCACAGCCCUCUUCUGUUCCGUCUCACUGUGAGUAGGAACCUGAGCAAGGUUCUUAAGAAAUUGGAUGAUCUUGUCCUGGAGAUGCACACUUUAGGUCUGGUGGAGCGCCUGGUGGCGCAACACGCUCUGUGUCAGCAAACACAGGUAGUACUGGAUGGCUCUGCUGAAAUCUUUGGUAGAGAUGAUGACAAGGAGGUGGUAGUAAAGCUGUUGCUUGACCAGCAACAUCAAGGUCAGAAGAAUGUGCAGGUGCUGCCCAUUAUAGGGAUGGGGGGUGUGGGCAAGACCACGUUAGCAAAGAUGGUGUACAAAGACCAUAGGAUUGAUAAGCAAUUUGGCUUGAAGAUAUGGCAUUGUGUGACUGAAAACUUUGAAGCCAUCUCUGUUGUGAGAUCCAUCAUCGAAUCGGCUACAGGUGAAAGAUGUGAUCUGCCUGACGACAGCACUUUCUGGAGAGCACAACUUCAAGGAGCCAUUGGCCGGAAAAGGUUCCUACUCAUCCUUGACAAUGUGUGGAAUGAAGAGCAGGACAAGUGGGAGGAUGAACUUAAGCCACUACUGUGCACAUCUAUUGGAGGAUCAGGAAGCAUGAUUGUUGUCACUAGUCGAAACCAACAAGUGGCUGCUAUAAUGGGCACCCUUCCAACACAGGAGCUAGCAUGCUUGACUGAAGAUGAUUCAUGGGAUUUAUUCUCAAAGAAAGCAUUUAGUAAAGGAGUACAAGAGCAACCAGAAUUGGUCACUAUUGGGAGACGCAUCGUCCACAUGUGCAAGGGACUGCCUCUUGCUCUGAAUACAAUGGGUGGCUUGAUGAGUUCAAAACAAGAAGUCCAGGAUUGGGAGGCCAUUGCAGAAAGCUAUAAUAGUGAUACCAGUAGAGGCACAGAUGAAGUAUUGUCCAUCCUAAAACUGAGCUACAGACACUUGCCAAAGGAAAUGAAGCAAUGUUUUGCAUUCUGUGCAGUUUUUCCAAAGGACUAUGAAAUGGAGAAGGAUAAGUUGAUCCAACUAUGGAUGGCAAAUGGUUAUAUUCGUGAAGGGGGAACGAUGGAUUUGGCACAGAAAAGCGAAUUUGUUUUCAGUGAGUUGGUUUGGAGGUCCUUUCUUCAAGAUGUGAAAGCGAAGAUAUUUUGUAACACACUUCAUGAGACAAUUAUAUGUAAAAUGCAUGAUUUAAUGCAUGACCUGGCAAAAGAUGUUUCAGAUGAAUGUGCAUCUGCAGAAGAGUUGAUUCAAGGAAAAGCAUCAAUAAAAGAUAUAUAUCACAUGCAAGUAUCACGGCAUGAGUUGAAUGAAAUCAAUGGAUUACUAAAAGGCAGAUCAUCUCUCCAUACUUUGUUAACUCAAUCAGCUCACAAUCAUCUUGAGUUAAAACUGAAGUCAGUAAGAUCGUUAUGUUGUGAAGGUCUUUCUGUUAUCCAUGGCCAGCUUAUAAGUACGGCACACUUGAGGCUACGGUAUCUACCAGAUGGUAUGACAACUAUGAGGAAGAUCAGCUAUAUUCAUCUUUUGGAAUGUGAUAGUUUGGAACGGAUGCCACCAAAACUUGGUCUACUGCAGAACCUUCGCACACUGACAACAUUUAUUGUGGACACUGGAGAUGACUUAGGAAUUGAGGAGCUCAAAGACCUGCAAUAUCUUGGCAACAGGUUGGAAUUGUUCAAUUUAAACAAAGUAAAGAGUGGGUCAAAAGUCAAUUUCCAUGAGAAGCAGAACCUAAGUGAAUUGUUGUUGUAUUGGGGCCGUGACCGAGAUUAUGAUCCAUUAGAUAAUGAGGAAUUUAAUAAAGACGAAGAAGUACUGGAAUCUCUUGUUCCUCAUGGUGAACUCAAAGUUUUGAAGCUACAUGGGUAUGGUGGCUUGGCUAUGUCGCAAUGGAUGAGAGACCCUAAAAUGUUCCGGUGCCUUAGAGAACUCGUUAUCACUGAGUGCCCAAGAUGCAAGGAUUUACCGAUAGUAUGGCUGUCAUCUUCUCUUGAAGUUUUGAAUUUAUCCGAAAUGAUCAGCCUGACAACAUUAUGUAAGAACAUCGAUGUGGCAGAGGCAGGAUGCAACACCUCUCAGCAAAUUUUCCCAAAGUUGAGGAGGAUGCGGUUACAAUAUUUUCCAGAGUUGGAGAGAUGGGCAGAGAACAGUGCAGGAGAGCCUAGUACCUCAGUGAUGUUUCCCAUGCUUGAAGAGCUAAAAAUCUACCAUUGCUAUAAGCUUGUAAGUUUUCCCGAGAGCCCAGUUCUCACACUUCUAUCUUGUCUAGGUGACUCUGCACGUGGUCUUGUUCCUGUGAGCAUGCCCUUGGGCUCUUGGCCAUCUCUUGUCCACUUGGGCAUUGGAUUGCUGGCUGAGGUGGUGAUGCCUCCAGAGGACCUUCAAAGCCAAAACCAAAGACCUCUAGACACCAUGCGGAGUUUGAAAAUCCUGGGUGAGGAUGAUUUCGUAUCAAUAUUUAACCUGUCCAAAUCUCAACUUGGGUUUCGAGACUGUUUGGCCUUUGUGGAAAAAUUGGAGAUUGGAUCGUGCCCCAGUAUUGUUCACUGGCCAGUGGAGGAGCUCCGAUGCUUGCCUUGCCUUCGAUCUCUGAAUAUUUGGUACUGUAAGAACUUGGAGGGGAAGGGCUCAUCAUCUGAAGAAAUCCUUCGGCUACCCCAGCUGGAAUGGUUAUCGAUACAGCAUUGUGAGAGCUUGCUUGAGAUUCCCAAGUUGCCCACAUCCCUAGAGGAAAUGGGGAUCCGCUGCUGCAACAGUUUGGUAGCUCUGCCUUCAAACCUUGGAAAUCUGGCCAAGCUCAGGCAUUUCUCCAUUGAGGACUGUGGUGAGAUGAAAGCACUACCUGAUGGGAUGGUUGGUCUUACUUCCCUUGAGAGGUUGAGUAUUGAAGAGUGUCCAGGGAUAGAGAAAUUUCCACAGGGUCUCCUCCAGCGGCUCCCAGCCCUCAAAUUCCUGGAGAUAAAAGCCUGCCCUGACCUGCAGAGACGUUGCAGACAAGGUGGGGAGUACUUUGACUUGAUUUCUUCUAUUUCAAGUAAAGACAUUCCAGAAGUAGAGUCCAACAUAAAGAAGUUUGUGAAGAAGCUCAUCCCCUUCUGCUGA